AUGUCUGGUUUCGAGGUCGUUGGUGUCGUUCUGGGGGCCCUCCCACUUAUCGUUACUGCCCUGGAGCAUUACUCGGAAGGUAUAAACACCAUCAUGAAGCUACGACGGUACAAGUCAGAGGUAGAUGGCAUUGGUCGACAACUGCGACAGCAGCAAGCCAUUUUCAUCAAUUGCUGCGAAAGGCUACUUGAUGGCGUCGUGACCGCAGAACAGGCCGAGACUCUGAUAAGACGUCCAGGCGAAGGUUCUUGGUCAUCCAAGGAAACGAAACGUCUGAUCAAGGUGCGACUUGGCAGUGACCUAGAGGACUUUCUGAGCACAAUUGAAGAUACACGCAAGAAAUUGAUCACGAUUCAGCGAAAGCUGGAUCUUGGGCCGAACGGAGAGCUGGUUGCCGAAGACGAUGAUGAGCAACUUGCCAGCCAGUUCAACUUCCGAGUAGCUCUAAGCUCGGAACGAAGCGAUGCCGGACUCGGGCCGACUACUACAGGCUGGAAAGAGAUGAUAUUACGCGUUUAUGAGCAGGAGACCUACUUGACCGAGCCAGAGCAGCCCUCCCGCCGACCGACCCUAGCAAAGCCGAGGAAGAGCGUCAGGUUCUCAAUUGUGGCUAAAUCACAAGAUCAGCCGCACAUGGUGGCACACACCGAAGAUCUGAGCAGUGCCUCUUUUGGCCUUCGUGGGGCCGUGGCAAGUGUUGCGUUAGACAACGCAAUCGCAAUGGGCCUACCUUCCUUGAUAUCGAGAUUCUCGAGUGGCCUUCCCCAAGUAGUCGACAUAUGUCGAACUCUGGCGGACGCCCAAAGCCAGCCAACGGUGGAAUGUUACGGAUACCUCACCGACACUUUGGUGCAGUCACGCAGAUUCGACGUCUUGUUCGUUCGACAGAACGACAGGACAGUGUAUGACCGACCAUACUUGGCGAAGCGGCUUCCAGAAGAUACUGUCAACACCUCCACCCAGGUGACGGCCGCAGGCCAUACGCCAACGGUCCAGAACCCAACGGUAUUUUACCUUGGAAUCUUGCUCAUCGAGCUCCUACUCGGGGACACCUUGGACAACAUACGCACAGCAAACAACUGGAAAGUUGACCCAAAUGUUCCCGAGCUAGAGCGCGAUUUCGACACUGCGCAGAAGCUCCUGCCGCGCGUGAUGGAAAAGGGGGAGGCCAAUUAUCACACCGCCGUUAAACGCUGCGUCAACUGCAUGUUCGAAUCUGAAAAUGCUGGGGACCUGGAAGACGCUGCGUUUCGGCAGGAAGUAUACGAGAAGGUCGUUGGGCCGUUGGAGGAGGGUCUGCAGCUCACUCAAAUGUGA